UUUCAUCAUGGCUACCUACAGGACUGAGAUUGGCAGGCACGAUGGCGACGGCAGGCAGUUUGCUGUCAAAUUGGCGUUGAGGGCUCUAGCACUGCUUUCAGCUAUUGUUGUAACGGGUCUAAUAGCAGAUCAGCUACAUGUCUCUAUAAAAGGAAUUGAUCUUUGCGUCUUUGGAUUGAACGUGGACAUCUCUAAUUAUACGUACAGUAGCGAUAAAAAUGCUUGUAGAUAUGGCACUGCAAUUGGAGUCAUCACCAUGAUCUAUGCAAUCAUAUUUAUCGUAAUCGACAUUCUCCUACAUCGUGGAAUGGGAAGCCCGGUUAACAAGAAGUUGGUCUCUAUUGCUGAUUUGGUGUGUUCUUGUCUACUGGCCUUGCUAUGGGAGGUGGCAUUCUUCUACUUGCUCCUCAAAUGGAAUGAAACCGGACCGAAGAACAGCUCAUUAAUUAAUAGUGAUAAAGAAACACAAGCUGGAGCAACCAUGGCCUUUUCUUGCAUUGGUGGAAUAAUUUGGUUUCUUCUGGCAAUCAUCGCUGCUGUUCAUAUAAAACGUGCUGCAGCGUAAAAAGUCUUAGACUAAUUCGGUUUGUCACUUUAGUACUUGGAUAACUUCUAUAGUCGUACCUGGCAUGAUGUGUAUGUUAUGUUUGCUGUUAUCUCUUUGAUAUACAAUAAAGGUAAAUUGUCAA